AUGAUCAACUUUCCGCUUAGCAACUACACCGCCGAUGAGGCUCGUCUACUCCAGACCCUCCACCCUGUUUUCAAGAUAGCGGCCCACCCGGAACGUCCUGGAAAUGCAAUUCUUGCAGAUAUGAAGACGCACGUCAAGUACUACAAAUCAUUUGUUUCGUCGUUCUGCGAACCAUUUCGUACAGCAGGACUCAAAAUAGAAGACGAUGGCAGCAUUCCCAUUUAUCCAGGUCAGCAAUGGUCUCCUGACAUGCCAUGGGACAGCCGCGGCGGAUGUGUGACUCUCGCAGGGGAUGCCGCUCACUCAAUGGUACCUCAACGUGGCCAGGGCCUCAAUAACGCUAUGAAAGACGCCGCAAAUCUGGCCGACGCCAUCAGGUCGACGCCAUCAUUGAAGCUCUGA